UCUCACUUUGGUCCAUACCAUCCACAAACUAGUGCAGUUACAACCACAACCACACCCACGGCCAUGUCGAGCUCGAGCUCGGAGGACACACGGGCGCGCAUCGUGCGCUCACUGUUCUCGCGCAAGGCCGAGGACGGGACGCUUGAAGAGACGCUCGUGACGUAUCUGCGCGUCAAGGAAGAUGACGGACAUGGAUCCAUCAAGACCCGCUAUCUCUUCCUCGCCGUGACGCGCCUGGGCGAAUGCAUGCUGCACAAAGGCAAGAGCAACUCGAAUGGCACCUUCUCGCGCGGCAAGACGUGGCGUCUCAGCGAUAUGCGCGCAUUGGAGCAGAUUGGCCCGCGCGACUUCGCGCUCACAAUGACGAUUAGACGGUACCAUUGGAGUGUGGACUCGGCACGGGACCAGCACGCAUUCCUUUCCGCGCUGAUCAAGGCCUACAAGAGUGUGAUGGGAGGUGCAGCACCGCAGAUUAUCAACUUUACGCCCGACGGGCACAGCCACGAGGGCUCGACGUCGACAGUGAGCUCAAGUUCGCAUCACCCGCCACCUGUGAGCAUCCGCGACCGGCUCCCGCAGCGGAGCAACCCGGCCAUGACGAGCUCGGCCUCGCUCGUAUCCACGACGUCGACACAUGAGCGGCACGAUCGCGACCUAGCUCCGCCCCGCCGUCCCACAGAGCGCAGCGGCUCUUUCUCCUCAAUAGACCAGCGAGCGGGAAGUGUUGCUGGGAGUGUCGUGAGCGAUGGCGGCUUCCGACAGCGUCUUGGGAGCUCUGGGAGUCGCGAGCGCGACGCCCAGGUUCGCCCCGCUCCCUCCCCCGCCCCACGAUACCCCGAAAGUUUGGGUCCGGGGCGGCCUCCACCGCGCCGAGGCAACAGCGGGAAUAGUGAUGACCGUGUUCCGCCACCACCAUCGCGAGCCAGGCCGGCGCAGGCUCGCCGUCCUUCGGCCGCUAGCGAGGUCGCUGAGAUCCCUCCUGUUGCCGAGGACGAAGACCCAUACGGCGGCAUUGCGGACGAGGUCCUCACAUCACCCCGGCAAAAUGGCCGGGCGUCUGACAGCGUCGUCUCCCAUGAGCCAGCCUAUACCAUCCCAGCUGUCACAGUCGCCACGUCCGAGGCUCGAUCUCCCGCUCCCCUACCAGCUCCACCGGCGAUCACCACAACACCAUUGAUCGUAACAAACGGCGACCUCGCUCAUUCUCCGGGCGGCAUUACACCCACCACUUCGACCCCAGCCACUACCUCUGCGACCCUUGCACCCCCGGAGGGUUUAGCCCCACCAGGCGCAACGCGUACUGAAGCUACCCCGAGAGAAGGAAGGAGGACUCCCGAGCCGCUUCAGCGCCGCGUGUCGUUCGUCCCGCCCGAGCUUUCCACGUCAUAUUCACGCGACGUGCUGCUCACGCAGCGCACGGGUCUGCUCGGUGCUGAUGUCAUGAGCCAGGACGAAGAGGAGGCGGCUGACGCGAUCAUGGCCAACGUGGAGGAGUUGAUCGAAGGCUUUGACUGGACGGCAUCGGCCACAGCUGGUGAUAGCAGCCGUAAGGGACCAGACGCCAUUGAACAGCGGUUACUGGACGAAUUAGCUGCCCUUGAGAAUGCCAACAUCCACGCGUUCCUAGAAUCCGACGACCGCGUAGACCAAGUGCUAGCGCACAUCGACGAGGCGCUAAUCGAGCUUGACGAUAUUGACGUGCAGCUUACUGGCUACCGGAUGCAGCUGAAUGCCGUUUCGGAGGACAUCGCGUACAUUGAGGGUCAAAAUCGAGGUCUGCAAGUACAAACGUCGAAUCAGCGCGCCCUGCUUGCUGAGGUGCAGCAAUUGCUCCAGAUCACUGACGUCCCCAAAGACGAUCUCUCGCGACUUCAGCAGACAUCGCCCAGCUCGGCCCGGGGCAUCACAGAACUCGAGCAUGCUGCCGCGUCGCUGUACAAGGCGCUCAUGGCAUCGCGCGACACCGCCAACGAAGUCGCUGCAACGGUUGCACACGUGGCGCAGUAUGAGGCGGCAGCAAGCCAGUUCGCCCAGCGCAUGGUGCAAUACCUCGACACGGCGUUUAAUCAUCAGUCCGAGGCGACGUGGGGCGAAACCCAGAAGCGGCGGAGCCUGGUGCUUGAGCCUCACGUAGAGCUUGGCAAGGCGCUUAUGGGUUACGAGGGCAUCGUACUAUUCAUCAAGGACAUGGACGAGGAGCGGUACAAGAAGCUCUGCCUCAACUACAUUACGACCAUGAGCAAGCUACACCAGAAGGAGAUGCGGGGGUUACUUAUGGCACUCAAGGGAGAGUUGAACUCAAGCACUAAGGGCCUUCCAGAAUAUUCCUUCGCGCAGGCCUCGCAGUCAACCAGUAAACCUUCAGGUAUCACUGCGACUGUGGUGCGAUCCAAGACGUUGAAGCGCGGAGAGAUGGCUAGGACCGGCGAUAAGAAGGUGACGGACGCGACGCGCAAGGUCGCGGACAUGUAUGCCACAGGCGUGUCCGAGGUCGUCAAGCAGAUCGUGACCGAGGACGACUUCAUCGCAGCAUUCUUGCACCUUGGCGACACCGAGUCAACGUUCGCCGACUAUAUGGAGCUUGACACUUACUUCCGCCGCCAGGCUUCGCGCCACGCUUCGCACAGCCUCUCGGCCAGUCUCACGCAGCUUACGCGUACUGUCAUGGAGCUCAUGUUCGGAUUUGUCGACGGCGAGAUGCGCCUUUGGGUCGAUGCAAGCGUUGAGGGUAACCCGCCUGCGCUUGUUGGCGUCAUUGCUACCACCGAGCAGCUGCAGGCGGACGCGCAAAUGGAGGGGACGAGUAUGUUCGUCCAGCAGCUGUUUGACAAACAGUUGGGCCGGCAGCGGCAGGCGUUUGAGGCAUUUGUGAACGAUCAAGUUAAGAACAUCGAUAGCGCAAAGACCACCGUGCGGAAGCGGCGCGGAGUGUUCUACUUUGUUCGGCACUUCCCCGUGUUCGUCGAGAGGAUCGAGUGUCAGUUGGACAGCAGUUACGACAACCUGGAUAUCCGCAAGCGGGUCAACAACGCCUAUGAGCGCGUCGCUGCGAGCGUACUCGGGUCGCUCCAACACGUCUCAAAGGUCGUGGGAGCGGAACUUGGGGCGGGCUCAGGCGAGGGCAAGGGCCAGCUAUACUUCCAUGUUGUCAUGAUCGAGAAUCUACAUACCUUCGUCGAUGAGGUGGCUCAGCUCAAUGCCGCUGCGCUUGCCGUGUUCGUCCAGCGGGCGCGAGGUCUGUACGACGAGAACAUGAAGGCCUACAUCAAGAUGAUGCUGAGGAGGGGCUUCAGCCGACUGAUGGACUUUUUCGAUGGCGUUGAGCGCCAACUCAAGACAACCCCACCCAACGAGGUCAACAUGCACUCGGCAUUUUCGCGCAGCACCCUGAAGAAGGUUCUCAAGGAGACAGGUUCCAAGGACAUGAAGAAGGCAGUCGAGGCUAUGGCGCGUCGAGUUGACAAGCACUUCAACGACGACGAGAGUGGGCCGGGGGGUGAUCACGGGAGCGGCUCGAGGCCCACAGACGCUGCCACAGCGGCGCUUAUGGCAAGCGUGUGGCGUGAGGUCACAGCGGCUCUCACUGGGGAAGUUGGGCGCGCACAGCAGCUUAUGUCGAGCUGCGAUUCCACCUCGGGCCUGGCGCUCGAAUUUGGACCCAAGGAUGUGGAGACGGUGUGCCAGCGUGCGUGGGGCAGCCGUGGGUAGCAGGCUUUCAUGCAAGCAAUGCCAUUAUGUUCAUAGGGCGGUUUUGAAUGAUAAUGGCACCUCUGACAGGCCUCGGUCACUCAAUCUCUUGUCGGGCACAACUUCGGCUCAGCACGUCCCUGCUGAGUGCUCUGCCCCAUAGAGUCUUA